CGCUAAGUAGCGUCAGCAAAGAUUUGUAGAACAAAAUGUGUAAUAAGAAUAUAAAGAAAUCAACUGAAAAUUGACAACAUACUCGUAAUCUAUGUAGCCACGAUUAUAACUUUUGUUUUAUGCAUACCAUUUACUAACCAAUGCCAUAACUAUGUCAUCUAAAUUAUACCGUCCCUUGCCUGGCCUUCUGGCCCGGACAGUACCAAGUUUCCUCAAGGCCCCAGCGCUCUUUCAACUCCGGCAACUGUCAUUCGGGUUCCCUAAACAGUACAAGCAGCCAGUUUCUAAGAACUUCCGUAGUCCCUUCCACGUACUAUGGCACCACUGGGAACUCAGUCCGUUGCUCGCGUGUGUAGUCUUUGAUGUGGUCCUCAUGACUGCAGCCGCGUAUAACAGCUUAGCAAACAGGGUCGAUAUCCAGCUCACAGAGCACAACUGGAACUCUAUCUCUCGCCGCAUGAACUUGCGCGAGCCCACCGUACACAAGCUGCUGGUUUUCAACCAGGAUUAUGAGCCCUGGCCUGAGAUGCAGGAUGUUCUUGAUAAGAUGGCUGAGAAGGAAGCCAAGCCUUGUGCUCUGAGGAAUCGACAAAAAUAAACAUGUUAAAAUAAUGAUGUAUGCUUUUCGAAUAAAAAUGACUGUAUUUACGAACAAAGCGUAAUGGUUUUAUAAAUUACUCAUCAUUAAGUAUUUAAUGUCGCUAUGACAUUGGGUCGUUCGGGUCGAUCACCGAAAAGAAUGAAAUUGCCAGACAACCCAAAUUUUUUGCAUGCAGCAAUAGUUAUCCAGUGAGAUUGUAUCAACAACAAAACACAAAAUUUCAAAAUGUGUGCUAUUAAUAAUGCCGCUGCAAUGUUUGUGUCCAUUUAGUGCCUAUUAGAUUUAAAAUUUGAUUUCAAGUUAUGCUAUUCUUACACAGAAUCCCUACCAAAUGGUAUGAUCAGCAGUAAAAAUAGUCAAGCGGGCGACGUCUUAAAAUUAUCUAAAAGCGUGUGCACCAUAUUGAUCAAACUGGCCCGAGUAGCUACGUCUGCUGCUAACUGUACUUUACUCAUGUUAGGAAUAAUAGUACCAAUAAUACCUCUUUGUGCUGACAUGACUAUAUAUAUAUACUCUUAUGUAUACCUACGUCAAAUCUAUCGAAAGAAGACUGUCAAAAUUACAUUACCGAAAGUAUAAAAAAUUCUCUAAAUUAAUGACUAAGGGGCCUGAGGUUCCUUAGUCAUUUUAUAUUACAUUUAGACUGUAACCAUGUUCUCAAAAUUGUAUAACAGUGCUACCGUGGCGUGGCGUCCGGCGUUGCCCGCGCUUAUGGGGCCUCGGUACACCACACACAGUUUCCUGGCACCUAGGGCCCCAUCUCAGGUGCCAACACGCUUUAUGAACUUUGGUCUAGCAAGCCAGUAUAGCAACAACAGGAUACCCGAUAGGCUCAGAAUGAUGUAUGCGAUGAAACACUACUGGGAGACUAUACCGUUGUUCGUUGUGUGUAUCUUUGAUGUAAUCAUCGUGUUUGCGGCAUGCUUGUACGCUUGUAAAAGUCGGGUGGAGUUGCAAUUCGUCCACAGCCGGAACAACUCGAUCUCCCGUACCAUGGACAUGCGGUACCCCACGGUCCACAAGCACUUGGUGCUGCACCAGCGCUACGAGCCCUGGCCAGAGCUGCAGGACGUGCUGGAUAAGAUGACGGCGGCCGAGAAGCGGUUGAAGACUCGCAUGGAUUCUUGCAAAACACCUUAGGCCAAGUGGGUAAACAUAAACAAUUGAGGUUGCCAUCGCGGAAGUUUGGUGUGUAAUAUACUGCCUCACACAUGGUAGUACGCACUUAAGACUCCGUCUAUGAAAACUAAAAAAAAAGGAAAGAUAUGUGAAAGUGGAAUUGGUUAAUAUGUAGUCUGGUUUAUAUGUGACCGAAAAAUGGGAAUACACCGUUUUGUGUGGAAUAAAUGCUAUCUGCAGACAUUUUAUUUAGAACGAUAUGUAAACUUGAUCGGCGUUAUCUCGAACUUUUUGAAUUACUUUUUUUUUGUUAAAUUUGUAAUGUUCUUUUUUUACUGAAACGCCUACUUUUGUAGGUUGUCAAUAAAUUGUUUGUUUUUAA